UUUUAUUUUUAAAUAAUCAAUGAAGAUCAUUUUGUGUGGAUUCAUGAGACUCGCCACUGCUCCACAAGUGUCCCUUGAAACUUUGUCAAGACUUUUUCUCCCCGUGGAGCGGAGCUGACCGCAUCCUCACUCAAGGACGAACGACAGGACAACAGCUGCUUCAGGAUGAAGUGUCAAAGAAUUCUCACCUACCUGAGGAUAUUCGGGACCACCAUGUUUGGCAUCUCCCUCCUGGUAGGCAUCUCCACAGCCUACAUCAUGGGCUACCAGUUCUUCACCACAGCCCACAAUCACUUGUCCUUUGGCCUGUAUGGAGCCAUCUUAGUUAUCCACCUCAUCAUCCAGAGCCUCUUUGCGCUUCUGGAACACAGAAACAUGAGGCGGUCCUUAGAGACGCCCAUCAAACUGAAUAAAUCCUUGGCCUUGUGCAUCGCAGCGUACCAGGAGGAUCCAAAUUACCUGAGGAAAUGUCUGGUGUCGGUGAAGAGGCUGACGUACCCGGGAAUCAAAGUGAUCAUGGUGAUUGACGGGAACUCCAACGAUGACAUUUACAUGAUGGAGAUUUUUAAAGAGGUGAUGGGAUGGGACAAAUCAGCCACCUAUGUGUGGCAGAGUAACUAUCACAACCGAGGGCCUGAGGAGACAGAUGAGAGCUAUGCCGAGAGCCUUCAGCAUGUCUCCAGGCUGGUCCUUAACAACAAGUGUCUGUGCAUCAUGCAGAAGUGGGGAGGGAAGAGAGAAGUAAUGUAUACAGCCUUCAAAGCACUGGGAAGGAGCGUGGAUUAUGUUCAGGUGUGCGACUCUGACACCAUGCUAGACCCGGCAUCGUCGGUGGAGAUGGUGAAGGUACUUGAAGAAGACCCAAUGGUUGGAGGUGUUGGAGGAGAUGUUCAGAUCCUGAACAAAUACGAGUCAUGGAUCUCCUUCUUGAGCAGCGUACGGUACUGGAUGGCCUUCAACAUCGAACGGGCUUGCCAGUCCUACUUUGGCUGUGUGCAGUGCAUCAGCGGGCCUUUAGGAAUGUACCGCAACUCCCUCCUGCAUGAGUUCCUCGAGGACUGGUACAAUCAGACCUUCAUGGGAUCCCACUGCAGUUUCGGGGAUGACCGUCAUCUCACGAACAGAGUUCUCAGCUUAGGGUAUGCCACAAAGUACACAGCACGAUCGAAGUGUCUCACAGAAACACCAAUCACAUAUCUGAGGUGGCUCAAUCAACAGACUCGAUGGAGUAAGUCAUAUUUCAGAGAAUGGCUAUAUAACUCCAUGUGGUUCCACAAGCAUCAUUUGUGGAUGACUUAUGAAGCUGUGAUCACAGGCUUCUUCCCCUUUUUCCUCAUUGCCACUGCAAUCCAGCUCUUCUACCAAGGAAGGCUGUGGAAUAUUCUGUUAUUUCUCCUCAUUGUGCAGGCAGUAGCUCUGAUCAAGUCGUCAUUCGCCAGCUGCCUCCGAGGUAACAUUGUCAUGGUUUUCAUGUCAUUCUAUUCUGUACUGUACAUGUCAAGCCUGUUGCCAGCCAAAAUGUUUGCAAUAGCAACAAUCAACAAGUCUGGAUGGGGGACCUCUGGGAGGAAAACAGUAGUGGUGAACUUUAUUGGUCUCAUUCCUAUAUCAGUUUGGUUCUCCAUCCUCUUCAUUGGGAUUAUCUACACAACAAUCCUGCAGACUAGAAAACCUUUUCCUGAAUCAGAGAAGAUCAUUCUGAUCAUAGGGGCAGUCGUCUAUGCCAGUUACUGGGUCAUUCUGUUGACGUUGUAUACAGUGCUCAUAAAUAAGUGUGGGAAGAGGAAAAAGGAAACACACUAUGAUAUGGUGCUGGACGUAUGACUUACAAUCAUUGUUUACCACUGAACUCUCUUUCUGGGUUAUUUUCACUCACACUGUGUUACUGCUACACAAAUGUUUUUCAGAUGCAGAGCAGCUCUGGAGGCAAAAUUGUUUGAGUUCAACCAAAAUGGGCGAAGAACGAGAACUUGUUCAAACUUGAAAAAGCACAAAUAUAAGUGGCAGUGGCUGCUGUUUAUGUCGACGCAUGACCAUUCAUGAAUCAGCGAGGCUAUCGAUAAACAAACAUAAACCUUGGCAUACCUCCACCACUUUUUUAACAAAGAGCUUUUUAAAAUUUGAUUUGCAUUUAAAAAAAAAUAAUAAUAAUGAAUGGCCUCUUCCUUGGUCUAUGCCUCAUCCCUCCAAAUUGGGCACAAAAUGGCUCAGUACUUUCUGAGUAAUCCUGCUGACAAUUGAACAGACAAACACGAUUGAAAACAGAGGUGGAGGUCAUUACUUUCACUCCAAUAUGUUUAGCUGAAUACCAGCUAGCAUAUGCUAACGGGCUAACCUAAAUACCCGUUACAAGAUUACUCAUAUUGAAGUUGGCAGCAAGAGCGCAACAGGCUUUGUAAUAAUAGCUACCUCUUACCCAUGUCAUUUUCACUGGGCUUCAGUCUCACUUACCAACACAGCCAAAGAAACUGUGGAUGUAUGGCUCACCCAUUGAACCCAUUAGGGUUUAACUUGACCUGUAAGAGUAUUUUACCUCCAGAGCAUCAUUGUGUCGUCAAGAAAACUAGCCAAAUGUAGAAGCCAAAACUAUAUCCAACUGCAAAUCCAAUUCAACAUUCAGGAUUACAUUCUUAACUAUAAUAAAGAAAUUCCAUUUGAUUACCAAUUUCAUUACCAUUACAAGGGUGACAGUAUGAAUUGACAGACUGAAAAUAUGCAGAAAGGACUUUUAAACGGAGAGCUCCUCUCUGUCUUUUGUUGCACUCAUGUCACACAGCCGUUGUCAUUACCCUCACAUUUUGUAAAUCUAUUUAAAUUCCAUCCACUUCCAAAGGACAUAAUUGAACCACAAACAACCAUAACAUCAACAUUUCUGUGCUUACACAGUUAUAGUUUGUAUUUGUGGGUGACAUAAAUAAUAAUAAUCGACAUGCAUCACCCACUUUUAUUUUGUAUGUAUCUUGAAUGUGAAAAGGUGCUACAGUUCCUCAGAAAGUUCCACUAGUGGUAAUUAAAGGCUACAUAUAUAUUAUGCUUGAAUGUUUGGAUACUUCCAGGUCUUAGUCUUGGAUAUUUUUUAUUCCCAUAUGACAUGAAUGCAGAUUUUUUUUUUUUUCCUCAGCGUUUACAAAGUGAAGAAUCUCAAACUGAUCACCGAUUGUUAGAUAUAAUCUCCACCAGAUGAGGUGACCAGGCAAACAUGUGACCAGAAGAGAGACAUAUUAUUGCUGCUGUGACUGUGUUAUUUUUACAGAAACCAUGACUUUUUCUUUUUCUGU